AUCUGGUUUCCUGUGGCCUGGAUUGAAUAUCCCUCUUAUGAAAAAUGGAGCAGUGCAGACCAUUGCCCAAAGAAGCAAGGAAGAACAGGAGAAGGUAGAGGCUGACAUGUUCCAGCAGAGGGAAGAGUGGGACCGGAAGAGGAAGAUGAAAGUAAAACGAGAACGAGGAUGGAGCGGAAACACGUGGGGAGGCAUUAGUCUGGGCGCCCCUGACCCUGGUCCCAAUGGAGAAACAUACGAUGACUUUGAUACCAGGAUACUUGAGGUAAGAAAUGUCUUCAAUAUGACAGCGAAAGAGGGAAGAAAGAAAUCAGUCCGUGUCCUGGUCGCUGUGGGGAAUGGAAAAGGAGCUGCAGGUAAAUUGGAUGUGAUACCACAUGGUAGUGGUGGUGGAUGGGUGGAGGCCAAGCCUGGCCCUGAGCGACCAAGCUGCUGCCUGACCUUUACUGUUGGUUAAGCCUUUCAGUAGUUUGGGGUUAUAAAUCUGCUGGUAGGUAAACCCAUGAAGCCCCUUAGAGAGAAAAAGAAAGACUAGCUCUUCCUCUUCUUAAGUCUGUUUUUUCCGUGGAGGACAGUGGAUAUUUUAAAAACCUUAUGAC